CCGGGUGAGUCAUCUACAACUGAUUUAGUCCAAUAUAAUUUCUUGCACAAAGUAUAUUAUACUCUCUCCGUCCGUAGUAAUUGUUGUAUAGUCUCAAUCCAUCAACUUUAAGUAUUUGGUUUUAAUAUAUAAAACAUGAUUUUGCUAACAUGCACUUUGUGUUUAUUGCACCCCUCUCUCCCUCAUUCCAAAUGACACUAUCAUAUGAAAUCCAAGCAUGAUAUAUUACUCAUUUAACACAACUGUAUCAAAAUUUCCGAGUACUCCAGGCUAGUUAAUGUGAUGGCUGAUGAGUGACAAAGUAUCUGAACACUAAAAACAGUAAAGUGUGACAAUUAUUACUGGAUGAAGGGGGGAAAUCCAAACUUCUUCUCAGACAAUCUGAACUUGGGUCUUGAAUAAUGUAGAGGAUGAAGGGGAAGCUAAAUUAUGAAAAGUUUUGAUACCAAAGUUUGUAUAAUAGCAGAUGAUAUGAUAGUGAAGUUUUUUCAUGUCAGUAAUUGUCCAACCUAGGUUUAGUUUUCUAUUUUCAUUUUCUCAAUGAUAAUAUGAUAUGGGUUCAAAUAGUCCAAGAGCAAAGCCACCAGAAAGAUUACUGUAUGGUAACUCUCAACUGAAAAAUGAAGUGUCAUGACACAAGGAAAGGCAUUCACGUAAAGAGGUAAUUCGGAUACUCAAUAUCCAGCCUUUGAUUGACGUUAUUUUUCGGAUACUCAAUAUCCAGCCUUUGAUUGACGUUAUUUUGCUCCUACUUACAGAAAAAGGUUGUAUACAUCAUACUUGAGUCAUUUUUUUCACCUUAAAAGGUUCUUGUUUAAGGAAAACUAAAAUUGCAGAUUAUGAUUAAUUAAGUUAGAUAAAAUAACAUUAAGUUCAGUCAUGGAUCAGUUCGAAACAAAAACUAAUACAUACAUAAUGCACUUCCAUGUAUAAGAAAGAUGAGUUAAGAUGGAACCUUACCAUCUUUCUACACAUGAUCUGUCUCUGCUCUAGAUUCUCCUUGAAUUAUGUUAAGGAUAAAUUGAAAUACACUUCAUAAUUGAGUAUGUUUGUAUAUUCUACUUUUAGCAUACGGCGAGGACGAUCAUAGCAGGUAAGAAGGGAAUCAAUUAUACCAAACCAAAAUAAUGCAGAUGAGGACAAGCUUGAAAGUUGAAAGUGAUAACUCUCUUAAAGGCUAAAACAUCCCACAAGUUUUGUUGGAUUCAUUGGUGGUAGUCCAUUAGUAGUCUGAUUCCAUCAUUGAGUUUACUAAUCAUAAUCAUAAGACCAUUAAAAUGUGACAACAGCAAGUUAGUAAUAAAGUAUGCAAAAUUUUCUAAUGCAGAAAGUGUGUAUAAUGCAUUUAUUAUGAAUGAUGGCCUAAAUUUUGUGUCCUUUAUUAUCAGUAUGAUUGCCUCAGCCUUGUGGGGCUUCCCUUCUUUUGAUUCUCUCUUUUGCAAUUACUUUGAUAAGUCACCUUAAACAAAUUAAUCUCUAUUUGUUAAAUCUAAUCAUUAGUUUACUACUUUUUUGAUAUUCUAGUGUCUCAGUCUGGCUGUCAGAAUUAUUUGGCUAUCUGCUUGUGCUAGGUUCUUGUAAUUUUCUUCCCUCCGCAUUCAGAAGAACAAAAGAACCUUCCUAUUAUUAGAAAAAGGAUUGUAGAUUCUGUGAUUAUACAAUUACUAGGUUGUUUGUAAGCUAUGAAGCUCUCUGAAAAGAUUGUUUGAUGUCAAUUUUUCUAACAUACUUAAACCAUAAGUUGCGGGGAUAGCUCAGUUGGGACUUGGGAGAGCGUCAGACUGAAGAUCUGAAGGUCGCGUGUUCGAUCCACGCUAACCGCAUUUUCUAUCUACCUUUUUAUUCUAAUCCGUUGUUAGGUUUAAUUAUUGUUCUAUUACUUUUUGUAUGAGAUUCCAAUGUCUGUCUAUCAGCAUUAUUUGGAUUUUGCUGGUUUUUGGAGGUUUGCUCAUUCUGUAUUCAGGAAUGUUGAAGGACCAUUGAAUUAUUUUAUUUUUUUUUGUGUUAAAGGCCUUUCCAUAUAAUAAAAUAGAUACAGUAAGUGUUGAUCCUUUGAUUCUCCUUCACGAACUUGUUUGCAAGCUACGUAGCUUUCAAAAUUAUGUCUUUUGUCAAGUAUUUAACACAUUGUAACCUCAAUAGCUCAGUUGGGAGAGCGUCAGACUGAAGAUCUGAAGGUCGCGUGUUCGAUCCACGCUCACCGCACUCUAGUUACUCUUUUUUGCUCUUCACUGAGACAAUGACUACAUAUUGAUCUUUCCGACUAAUUUACCCUUCAAUUGUUUUCCUAUUUUAAAUGCAAUCUACAAAUUUGAGAUCUGCUUACAAAGUCAAGGUUUGAUGUAGAGGAGUUAUCCUAAACAUCUCACUUUCAAGUUUACUGCAUCCAUGUGGCUGUUUACAUCUAAUGCAUUAUUUUAUAAUUCAUACUAGACUUUCAAAGUUGUGCGUAUGUAAGGAACCGAUUUUAAUAUUUGUUUAAUUUUUAUCUCAGCUUAUUUUGAGGAUCAAGGAGAAGAUAAACUAUCUUUAAUUGAGCCAAAAUUUAAAUACAAUUACUAAUGGUUGUAUUUUCAAUUUGUAAUGUUUCUCUAUUGCUUUUCGAGAUAAAAAUUAUGUCCUCUUGCCAAAUUGCUGUAUUUUGGAAAAUAAAAUAAAAAUUGACCAAGAAAAGAAAUAAAAAGAGAGGAUUAAAGAUGCUAAGCCUGAGAAUAAGUGACUCGCUGGAAUAAUGAUGGAGAUUCGGAUGAUGAGUGCAAUGUGGUGUUGGAUGAGCAUACUGCUGCUGCUGCUGUUACUAACACUCUCAAAUGGUGUAGAAGGUACUGGACGUCUGAAGAGGCCCCUUGUUGUUAAUUUUGGAGACUCGAAUUCAGAUACUGGAGGGGUGCUAGCUGGUACUGGACUUCCCAUUGGCCUGCCGAAUGGUAUUACAUUCUUCCACAGGGGCACAGGCCGAUUAGGCGAUGGUCGUCUUAUAAUUGACUUCUUCUGUGAGCACCUGAAGUUGAACUACCUGAGCCCAUACUUGGAUUCACUGUCACCAAAUUUUACCAGCGGUGUUAACUUUGCUGUCUCGGGUGCAACCCUGCUGCCAAAGUUUGUUCCUUUUGCUUUGAGUGUCCAAGUUCGUCAGUUCAUUCACUUCAAAAAUCGAUCACUUGAGCUCCUUUCACUUGGAUCCAGGGACUUGAUCGACGAAGAAGGGUUCCGCAGAGCACUUUAUACGAUUGACAUUGGACAAAAUGAUCUUCUAUUGGCCCUUUAUGCAUCAAAUAUAACAUAUGAUCCUGUUGCUCAAAAAAUCCCAUCCUUUCUUGAAGAAAUUAGGUUGGCUGUGCAGGUAAGCUCUCAACUUUACCAAUAUGGUGGGAGAAAAUUUUGGAUCCAUAACACAGGGCCCUUAGGCUGUCAACCCAAAGAACUUGCCCUGCAUCCCCACAAAAGCAGUGACCUUGAUCGCGUGGGAUGUCUUCGUGUACAUAACCGAGUUGCAAAAACCUUCAAUAAGGGGCUCCGCACACUGUCUGAGGAUCUAAGAUCGGUGUACAAGGAUGCUGUCAUUGUUUAUGUUGAUGUAUAUUCUGUCAAAUACAGUCUCUCUGCCAACCCUGAAAAAUAUGGAUUCAAAAACCCAUUUGCAGCUUGCUGUGGUCAUGGGGCUCCAUACUUCUACGACAGAAACGCAACAUGUGGGCAGCCAGGUUACAGCAUAUGCAGCAAUGUAUCACAGUCCAUAGUUUGGGAUGGAGUUCAUUAUACUGAAGCUGCUAAUUGUGUAGUAGCUGCAAGAAUACAGUCAGGAGUUUAUUCUAGCCCGAAAAGUAAGCUUGAGCAAUUCUGGAACUAACCCCUGAUUUGCACUAAUAUAGGCUAUUACUAGAGUGAGUACAUUGAAUGUUUGCUUAAUCAUUUCUUGAAGUGGGAUUGAGCAGGAAAUUUAAAGAAAAACUUUGUAGUUUGGAA